AUGAAGGUUUUUGCUGACGGCGGAGUUGUGGCAGACAGGAUUGAUGCCGCAAGACCUGUCGAUCUGGUUCUUCUGCAUAGGAUUUUGUUUUGCGAAGACACGACCCUCAAUUGGAUACGGAGAAGAGUGCUGCGGUUCGGAAGCUUUGAUUUCGAACGACAAUCUCCUCAGUUCGAGGUUAGGUUGCAAAUAAUCGAAAAUGCAGAACCAGAAUGUGUGAAGACGACGUGUGAGAUUUUGGAUGUUCAAAUCGGGGAGGCUGCUUGUUCGCGGCAAACGGUUGCUGUAGCCAUCAUGGAGCGACUGUUUACGAUGGCCAAUGAAGCCGGCAAUGUUGCGGAAAAUGUACCGGCGCGUACGCUGACGCCACCGCCAAUGUCAUUGUUGGCACAAACUACGGAAUAUGGAUUUUCUGUACAAUCUCAGCGACCGGUAGGACAAGUGAACAAAAAUCAGAAGGAAAACUCGAUUGCGAGAAGUGUUGCCUCUUCUAAAAGCGUUCAAGUGACUGUGAUGAAAGCAAGAUUGGAAGCGGAAAGGAAAUUGGCGGAACUGGAAGAGCAAGAGGCAGUACAAAGAAGAGAGAGACAGCGGAAGCUGCUUAAAGCUGAACUAGAGCUGAAAAUCGCGGAAGCAGAACUGAACGAAGAGCUGGUAGAGCAGCGCGAGUUAGAACCAUGUUGGCAAGUUCAAGUGGCAGAUCCUCUUGAUCGUGUUCAACGGUGGGUACAAAACCUGCAAUCUGCAUCCUCUGAGGUGAAAGGUAAGGAUUCGACCGUUCAGCAGCGUAACACAAAUUCUUCGUCACUAUUGGAGCAGAGCAUGCAAGAGAGAUCAGCUGUGCUGAAUUCACCGAGCACGUCUGGAACAGCGUCCUACAGCCAUGGCUUUCUACAGCAAGAUCGUGGAAUACAACUCGGAGACGUCAACACCGAAAUGCUGCAAAUUACGAAAUCGAUGCAACGAAUGCUUGCAAGAUCUACUGGAAACAACAAUCUGCCGACCUUCGAUGGAAAUGUUCGUGAAUGGCAGUUGUUCAUCAACCAGUACCGUUUGUCUACAGAAGCGGGAGAGUAUUCCGGAAUCGAAAACGUAGUACGACUGAAUAAAUGUCUUGUAGGAAAGGCCCGUGAAGCUGUUCAGCACAUGCUUAUGACGUCUGUCGACGGCGAGGAAAUCAUAAAGGCACUUGAACUACGCUUCGGAAGACCAGAACUGCUGCUUCGAGCUUUGAUCAACGAAAUCAAGUACCUUCCGGCGGUGUCUGACUGGUCAACAUUCAUUGAAUUUGACGGUGUUGUUCGUAACCUGGCCGCUGGAGUUAAAAGUUUGAAACAACAUGUCUACAAUCCGGAGCUUUUGGGAUUGCUUCUACAAAAGCUGCCACAAUACCAAAUUAUGAUGUGGGGUCGACAUAUUACGGAGCGCGGUAUUGAUGAUCCAACUGUACUGGAUUUUGCGGCGUGGGUAGAGCAAACUUCAAAAUACGCUUCGUCUAUCAAUUGCACCUUGGCAGCCGGUGGAUUUUUCGACGCACCAAUCCAGCAUGGUCAAUCGAACAUAAGGAGCGAAACUCGAAAAGGUGAACUGAAAAGGUGUGGAGUCUGCCAUAAAGAUGUUCAUGACGUGACGAUAUGUGAGGUGUUCAAGUCCGCUGAACCGAAGCGAAGAUUUCAAAUAGCGAUUGAAUCGAAGUUAUGCUUUUGUUGCUUGCGAACGCAUAGCGGACGUUGCGACAGGCGGCAACAAUGUCCAGUUGAAGGAUGCAGCCGAUACCACCAUGCCCUGUUGCAUAAGGGAGAAGCAACAGCACCUCUAUCUGUACCGCAGAACAAUCCCAGCGUCAACGUGAUGAAGUACGAUCAUCGCAUCCUUCCUCAAGCGCUGUUGAAGAUACUAACAGUGAAGGUCCGUGGCCCCAAAGGUGUAAUUGAGAUUCCUGCUCUGAUCGACGAGGGAUCAAACUUGACGAUCCUGGAUGCUGGUGUUGCCAAAAUCCUGGGAAUAUCUGGCAGCAAUAAACGGCUUUGUUUCACCUUGAUGAGCGGUAUGAUGCAAGUGGAUGAAAAUUCAGAAGACGUCCAAAUUGAAGUAGGCGAGAAUCUAGCGGAAAAACCUUUCUACAACCUGGCAGGAGUUAGGACAGUCCGGAAACUAAAUUUGGUUGGUCAGAGAGUAAACGUUCCAGAGCUGGUGUCGCGUUAUCCGUAUGUGAAUAAAGCUGAUUUGAAGUGCUUGAAUGGAGAAUCACCUUUGCUGCUGAUUGGACAACCUCACAUCAACGUUAUCAAAACGACGGAAGUCUAUCAAUCUGAAGCCACUGCCCCAGCCAUUUCGAAGUGUUCCUUGGGAUGGGUAGUCCAUGGCCCAAUGAUGGUGAGUACUGGUGGGGAUUAUCCUGGCACCGUGAAUUUGUGCUGUGAAGCUGAAGAAAAUCUCCACGAUCUGGUGACGUCAUACAUUUUGCUUGAAAACAUGGGAGUUGUGAUCAGCAAACCGGAUCGACAGCGUUCGGAGGAUGACAGGCGCGCGUUGGCGAUCAUGGAACAAUCUACACGUUUCGUGGAUGGGCAAUUCGUUGUGAAUCUACCGUAUAAGUCCUCUACUCCUUUCCCAGAAAGCAAAAAGAUGGCAUUGUCUCGUUUGAAGUGUACAGAGCGAAAAAUUGCGAAGAUGGGAAUUGCUGGCAAAUAUGCAGACAUUAUGCAAGAUUAUCUGGACAAGAAAUACGCCGUUGCUGUUUCAGAUGCAGAGCUCGAGUUGCCAAGGGAUAACAUCUGGUAUCUGCCACAUUUCCCAGUUGAAAACGUGAUGAAGCCGGGCAAAAUCCGAAUUGUGUUUGAUGCAGCAGCGAAGUCAAAUGGUAUUUGUCUGAACGACAUGCUCAUCACCGGACCGGAUCUACUCAAAUCGUUGCAAGGAGUACUUCUACGGUUUCGCUGUGGAAAAAUUGGAUUUGUUGGGGACGUCAAAGAAAUGUUCAACCGGAUCUGGAUUUCUGAAGCAGACAGCUGGUCACAGUGUUUCGUUUAUCGCAGCAGUCCCAGAGACCCCGUACAAACUUAUCGGAUGAAAGCUAUGAUUUUUGGAGCGAAUUCGUCCCCGUUUAUUGCUCACUAUAUAAAAAAUCAUAAUGCACAACUUCAUGCUGAUGAGUAUCCUGAAGCCAGCAAUGCAAUCGUGCACGAUCAUUAUGUCGAUGAUUUUUUGGGAAGUGAGGACGACGUAUUCAAGGCUGCAGAGCUUAUCCAGGAUGUCAUCCAAGUCCACAAGGCUGGUGGAUUCGAGAUUCGCAAUUUUCGAUGUAGUUCUGAAGAAGUGUUGGACAGCAUCCCACCUCACCUGAAAGCAGAAACGUGCAGUUCGGAUAUUAGUGAUGGAAUACAGCGAGUUCUUGGGCAGCUAUGGGAUAGCGAAAAGGAUUGUUUCACUUUCUCGACCAAUUUCUGCAAAAUUGAUUCAGCUAUACUCUCAGGCAAACGCGUACCAACGAAACGCGAAGUUUUGUCUGUAGUAAUGUCAAUUUUUGACCCACUUGGAUUUGCCACUCCAAUGACAAUCGGAGGAAGGAUCCUACUACAACAGAUUUGGCGCAGUGGAAUUGGAUGGGAUGACCAGCUGGAGGAUGGUGCUAGGAAGAAGUGGUCGAAAUGGUUGAGCAAUCUUUCUGCAAUAACAAAUGUUCGCGUCCCUCGUUGUUACAACAGCAAUCUCCGAACCAGCGACAGGACAGAACUUCACGUGUUUUGCGACGCCAGUACUAUGGCAAUGGCUGCAGUGGCGUACUUGAGAGUCGUCAAAGGUGAGCAGGUGGAUGUUUCGUUUGUUGCUUCGAGAGGAAGGGUUGCUCCCGUACGCUUCAUGUCAGUCCCUAAAUUGGAGUUGCAAGCUGCGUUGCUGGGAUAUCGACUGUCCUUAAUGGUCAAAAAAGAGAUGGAAAUAGACAUACACAGUAUUGUUUUCUGCACUGACAGUCGCACGGUUUUAUGUUGGCUGAAAACAAAGAAGGCGUUGAAGACAUUCGUUGCUAAUAAAGUAGGGGAAAUAUUGGAGCAAUCAUCCCCGGACGAUUGGCAUUAUGUCUCCACACUGGAUAACGUAGCUGACGAAGGGACAAGAGAUACGGAAGAACUGGACAUGUCUACGACUGGAAGGUGGUUCACCGGACCGGAUAUGUUGAAGCACAAUGUCACAGAUUGGUCAACGGUGGCUGGAAACGAGGAUACAUCCGAAGAAGCUGAAGAUGAAUGCUGUGUAGAAACAUUAGCAGUGAACACUAUGCUCGAAUGUGAUGCAGGGCUGCCUGAUGUUAACCGGUUUAGUCAGUGGAGAAGAUUGAUUCGUUCGACAGCAUUUGUACGCAAAUUCAUCGAUAUGUGCAGAGGCAAGAUGAGUAACGGAAAAAUUCAACCACGUGACGAACAGGAAGCGAAUAUGCUAUGGGUGAAAACUGUGCAAAAGGAUCAGUUUCCUGAAGAGUACGCUGUUUUGAUGAACCAUGGCGAGUUGAAAGCUGAAGCUAAGCUGAAAACGUUAGCACCUUUUUUGGACUGCGACGGGAUAAUACGUGUCGGAGGAAGGCUGAACAAAGCAAAUGUGGACCCAGCUGUGAAGAAUCCAAUCAUACUUGGAGCAUCAGGGAGAUUUGUAUCUCUACUAGUUCAAAGCUAUCAUCAACGGGCUCAUCAUCAUGGACGUGAACUUGUGUUGAAUGAAAUCAGGCAAACCUACUGGAUAAUUGGCCUUCGAAGUUUGUUGCGGAAAAUCAUCUUCGGAUGCCAGUAUUGUCGUGUUACGAAGCCCAAACAGAUCAUACCAAUCAUGGGGCAGCUCCCGGAAUGUCGUGUGGAAAUGUAUAAGCAUCCAUUUACACACACCGGCAUGGACUUUUUCGGGCCCUUCGAAGUUAGGGUUGGACGACGCAGAGAAAAGAGGUAUGGAGUAGUCUUCAUCUGCAUGACGACACGAGCCGUCCACGUUGAGAUGGCUCACUCUUUGACAACAGAUUCGUGUGUCAUGUCAAUCCGACGAAUGAUGGCGCGACGUAGAAAACCUGAUUACAUCUAUUCUGAUAAUGGUACCAAUCUACGGGGUGCUGAUAGAGAAUUGAAAGACGCGUUGAAUCAGUUGAGCUUCGGAGAUGUCGAACGAGAAGUGAUGGAAAAAGGCAUACAGUGGGUGUUUAAUCCGCCAGCGGCGAGCCACAUGGGUGGUUCAUGGGAAAGGGUGAUUAGAAGCAUCAGAACAUCGCUACGAGUAACGUUGAAAGAGCGAGCACCGAGGCAAGAAGUGCUGGAAACACUACUAAUUGAAGCCGAACACCUCGUCAACAGUCGCCCAUUAACCUAUGUGUCUUCUGAUAUCAAUGAUUGUGAAGCCCUCACCCCAAAUCAUUUUUUGAUUGGGGCAUCAAGCAAUGUCCAGUCACCAGGGGUUUUCAACCAGGGUGAUCUUGACUGGGGAAAACAGUGGAGGAAGGCGCAAAAAUUGAUCGACAAUUUUUGGAGGCGUUGGGUUAAAGAGUAUAUGCCGACUCUGCUUCCAAGACAAAAGUGGUGUCAAUCCGUUGGAGAGAUAGGAGAAGGUGAUAUCGUCUAUGUGUCGGAUAUGAUCAACGAACGUGGCAAGUGGCCCCUAGCUGUUGUGAAGAGAUGCUGGACAGGCGAUGACAACAUAGUUAGAGUUGCAGAAGUCCGAACUCAUUCGGGAACAUACCGACGACCAUGCACCAAGCUGAAGAAGAUUUAUUUGGAAGGAGAUAUUCGUGAUGACAAACCAGUGUCACACCAGGGGGCGCAAUGUAAGGGAACGUAA